GAGGACAACGAGCCCGACAACGAGGGCUGCAACCUGAGCUGCCUGGUAGCCAUCGGCCGCCUGCACCCCCACAUCGUCCCCCAACCCAGCCUGGCAGACAUCAGGGUGAAGCCCACAGAGUACGUCUCCCGACACGCCAUCGACGGCAAGUUUGUCUUCGUCGACCAGAGAGCCACCGCCAUCCUCGCCUACCUGCCCCAGGAGCUGCUGGGAACCUCCUUCUACGAGUAUUUCCACCAGGAUGACAUCGGCCACCUGGCAGAGUGCCACAGACAAGUGCUGCAGAUGAGAGAGAAGAUUAACACCAACUGUUACAAAUUCAAGAUCAAAGACGGCUCCUUCAUCACGCUGAGGAGCCGAUGGUUCAGCUUCAUGAACCCCUGGACCAAGGAGGUGGAGUACAUCGUCUCCACCAACACCGUCGUGUCGUGUCCAAUGAUGGAGGGAUCAGACUACCCUCAGUCUGCUGUCUCACCGCAGAGUAUGGACAGUGUUCUCACCUCAGAGGGUGGAGGAAGGCGGGCGCUGCAGACGGUCCCCGGUAUCCCCGGCGGCACAAGAGCGGGAGCCGGCAAGAUCGGACGCAUGAUUGCAGAGGAAGUGAUGGAGAUCCAGAGGUGA